UUGACUUUUGAUUUAAAUUAAUAUCUAAAUUAAGGUCUUUAUUAAAAUGAGGAAGAAAGCGUAGGUUCACUAAUGUCGACGAAAAUCGUUAUCGUUUCUCAUGAUAACGGGUGCAUUAAGAAGCAAUUUAGUUCACAAAAACGAUUUCUCCUUCGUCUUCUACAGCUUUUCCUCCUCUCCUAUUUCUCUGAUUUCGUGAAAAAUAGUUGGUCGUUUUGCCACAGUAACUGAUGGGACGACCAGCGAGCAACGGGGCCCCCUCCUUCCGGUUUAACCAUGCUGAGGUUAGCGAGAUGGAAGCUAUUCUUCAAGCACACAACUGUGCUGUGCCAGCGCGUGAAAUUCUUGAAGCUCUUGCUCAGAAGUUUAGUGCUUCAGCCGAAAGAUCUGGAGUGGUUGAAGUUACGGUGAAACAAGUGUGGAAUUGGUUCCAAAAUAGGCGAUAUGCUGUUAGAGCAAAAGCCUCGAAGACUACUGUUCCUGCACAGAUGAACAUGCCUCAAGAAGAUCACACUGCAGCUCGAAUCGCACCUCAGACCCCUCAAACUCAGCCUGCUCCUUCAGCUCCAGUGAAAAGUAUGCCUCAAGUACCCCAUCCUAUUACUGCUCCUUCAGGGCAAAGUGCAGGCAAGACUGCUUCAGAUAAUUCUCAGUUGGAAUUCGAAGCUAAAUCUGCACGGGAUGGUGCAUGGUUCCUUUUAGUGAAUGACAAUGAUUUUUUAAGUCACGUUUUUCUUCUCAGGUACGAUGUCGCAACUUUCUUAUCACAUAGAUCUUUAGAGACUGGAGAUCCGGAAGUUCUGGUUCGUUUUUCGGGUUUUGGACCAGAAGAGGAUGAAUGGGUCAAUGUUCUCAAGAAUGUAAGACAACGUUCACUCCCAUGUGAAUCAUCGGAGUGUGCAGCAGUUCUUCAGGGAGAUUUGAUUCUCUGCUUUCAGGAAGGCAAAGAGCAGGCCCUCUACUUUGAUGCUCGUGUGCUUGAUGCACAAAGGCGAAGGCAUGACGUAAGAGGAUGCCGUUGUAGAUUUCUGGUGCGAUAUGAGCAUGAUCAGUCUGAGGAAAUUGUUCCGCUGAGGAAGAUUUGCCGUCGGCCUGAAACUGAUUACAGGUUGCAGCAACUUCAUUCUGGAUCUGCUACCGUGAAUGCACAAAAAACAGGUUCAGAUCCUCGACCUGGAAACUCUUCAGUAGUCAAUGCUUCAUCAGCAACAACACAAAAACUUCCCACUCCUGUGCCCACCGGCGAAUCUGAAGCACCAACACUACCAAAGAUUGCCUAGGCUGGAAGUUUGAUUUCUGUCAGAAAUUCAGAACCUUAAAACGUACGUUGCUCCAUUCUUAAGCUAACUUGGGACGAAUGCUGCAUUUACAAGUACUGUAGUUUGAACUGAAGUUGCUAUCUCGUCUCCGUUUUCAUUUGAUAUAGUAGUUGAGUUCGGGUUGUGUACCUUUUUUAGAGCGGAAAAUAAUCAUAUCAUUUAACGUAUUUGGGGAUGGCACAUUUCCAUUUUUUUUUUUUUUUAUCAAAAUCUACUAAAAUUUUUAUCA